AAACAGCACUCUACCUCCUCUAACGACUCUAUUGACAGUCGUCAUGCUUCGUACGGCAUUGCGCACGUCUUAUCGUCUUCGGCACUUGCCGCAGCAUGCUCGACGAUCGUUCGUUAGCAGUGUUCUGCUUUCCAAAACAUACGAGGACAAGACAGUCGCCGAGCUUCGCUCAGAAUUACGCGCCCGUGGGCUAUCCGCUUCUGGCGCGAAAGCGACACUUAUCACGCGCAUCCAGCAGGCUGAUGCGCGUUCUGCCUCAGAGACAAUGCUUGCUUCGAGCUCCAACACGCCUGGGCCCUCCUCCCCCGCGCCGAGUCAUCAUCAGUCACAAGCGCGCAGCGUAUCGAGCUCAUCGUCUUCCCAUGCUGAAGUUGCUUCGAGUAUUGAUGCCACCACACGUUUCGCUCCUAUCACCUUUGAUGUGAAGCUUCCGGACUUGUCGCAGCCGCCACCGCAGCGUGCUGUUCAAGUGCCAUUCGUACCUGACUUCUGGGACUCCUCCGCAAAGAAACGUGAAGGAAACGCAGGCACAGGCGCAGCUUCAUUAGACUCCUCCACUCCGAAAAUAAUACUCAUGGCAGGCGCCGAGACUCACAUCGCUGGAGGUCCGACAUUCGCGAUGUCUCCUGCAUCCAAUACAUUCCUUCCUUCCUCCGAAGCUCCCUCCUCUUCUCCCUCUUCGUCAUCAGUUGCGCAAAGGAAAUACGACGGCUUGCUCGGGGAUGUUCUAGAUGACCUCGGAGUUCCGCAUAAUGUUUUGGGUGUCUCCCCGAAUCAGGAGUCAUUUGCGGUGAAGAGGACGACAGUGUCUCGUCCACUUGAUGAGGAAGAACGACGUGGUGCGAUAACCUUACUUGGGUUGAUUUUUGGUGCCUGGGUAGUUGCGGGACUUGCUGCGCCUUCGAAAAGUAAAAGCGGGAAGAAGGGUGUGGAGAAAGCACAUUAAUCCCCGCCCUUUCUUCCCCUAAUACCUGUUUUGUUUUUCUUCUGUUCUAUCACAUGGACGUACUCAACAAAAGAUAGACAUGCAAUGAUACAUGAUACAUCACACUACUCCUACUCAUUUCAC